GCUUGUAGGUCACCAAACACCUCCUCACUCACACCUCCUCUCUGCUCCGCGCUCUUCUUCUGUCAACUCCUCCUGACCCAGGUCGGGUCGGACCGCUUUGAACCCGACAGGACGCACACGGGUUGGACAAACAGAGCCGGGGCCCGGGCUGCAGGAUCCGGGCUCCAGGUGCCGCGCUGCGGGCUCCCGUCAUGCUGGGCUCCGUGAAGAUGGAAGGACACGAAGCUCCGGACUGGAGCGGAUAUUACAGCGAGGAGGUUUACUCUCCAAUGACAGGCGGAGGUAUGGGCUCAGGUCUUGGGAUGGGUUCCAUGUCGGGCUACAUGUCCACCAGUGGGACCACAUCAGGAUCCUUCAACAUGUCCUACAGUGGUACAGGCCUAAGUCCAGCCCCUGUGACCGCAAUGGGAGGUUCAGGGGCGUCUGCAGCCAUGUCCGGCCUGGGUGGGGGGGUAGCUACAAUUAGCGGGGCUCUGAGUCCAUCAAAUAUGAGCUCAGUGUCAGCCCAGCAGGCCUCAAUGGGACUGAACCCUUACGGUGGUAUGAGUCCAGCCAUGAGUCCCACGAUGACAUACAGUGGAAGUGGGCUGAACCGCGGCCGCGACAACAAGGCGUUCAGGCGGAGUUACCCACACGCAAAGCCACCGUACUCCUACAUCUCCCUCAUCACCAUGGCGAUCCAGCAGGCACCCAGUAAGAUGCUGACACUGAGUGAGAUCUACCAGUGGAUCAUGGACCUGUUCCCUUAUUACCGACAGAACCAGCAGCGAUGGCAGAACUCCAUCCGACACUCGCUGUCCUUCAACGACUGCUUUGUCAAGGUGUCCCGCUCACCGGACAAGCCAGGAAAGGGUUCAUACUGGACCCUGCACCCAGACUCUGGAAACAUGUUUGAGAACGGCUGCUACCUCCGCCGGCAGAAGAGGUUCAAGUGUGACAAGAAGAUGUCGGCAAAAUCAGACGGAAGGAAGGAGCAAGGCGGAGGCGGGGGCAUUAGAGGAGGAGGAGGCGCAUCGCCUACUGGGGAUUCCAGCAGCAUCAAACCACCUGGACUCUUGGACUCGUCUAUUCUGCCCUCCUCCAGCCACUCAACCACUCCUCCUGGCCUGGACCUCCGGGGAGGAAGCAGCGGGGCGUCAGACCUGAAAGUGUCUGGCUCCCAGCUCCUGUCCUCCUUGUCCUUACCGCCACACUCCAUGGCACAUGAAUCCCAGCUACACAUCAAAGGAGAUCCCCACUACUCCUUCAACCACCCGUUCUCCAUUAAUAAUUUAAUGUCGUCUUCGGAGCAGCAGCACAAACUGGACCUGAAGGCCUACGAGGCCCUUCAGUACUCAUCCUACGGCCACAGCGGGGCCUCCGGCCUCGGGGGGAGAACCAUGGAGCCUCUGGAGGCCUCCUACUACCAGGGUGUGUAUCCCAGACCGCUUCUCAACACCUCGUAGUAGCUGCUGCUGCCGAGUCGCCUGUUUUCUACAGCAGCGUUACAGAGAAAGACGUUUUCUUUCUGCAUGCAGCUGCUGUGUCCUGAACAUUUGUCUAUGAGCUCAAGCAGGGCUCAGAUAGUGCACUACAAGAAAACGCACGCACACACACACACACACACACACACACACACACACACACACACACACACACACACACACACACACACACACACACUGUAUUAACAUUAAAAAGAAAAAAAAACAGAGCCACGGUCAUUACUCUCCUUUGACACACAAAGUCCAGUCCAACAGAACCUUUU